AAACAAAACAAUACCCGGUCAGUGGUGACUUAUAGCUUAACGAGAGACUAGAAGUAAAUGGCUAAGAAGCUGCUUCUCCUUCUUUUAGUGAUCAUCUUGAGUCCACAUGCAAAUUCUGGCUCUAUUGUCAAGUGUCUUCCUGGUUUUGAAGGUCCUCUUCCUUUCGAGCUUGAGACCGGGUAUAUUGGAGUUGGUGAAGAAGAGCAAGUGCAAUUGUUUUACUACUUCAUCAAAUCUGAGAAGAAUCCAAAAGAAGAUCCUCUUCUUAUUUGGUUAACUGGAGGACCUGGCUGCUCUUCUAUCACUGGUCUUCUUUUUGAGAACGGGCCUGUGACAUUUAAGGUUGAUAAGGGUUACAAUGGAGGUAGGCCCACCUUGCUUUCUACUACAUUUUCAUGGACAAAGGUUGCGAACAUAAUAUUCCUGGACCAGCCUGUUGGUAGUGGCUUCUCCUAUGCAACAACUCAAUUUAUUGAUACACCUAGUGACUCGGGAGAAGCUAAGCGGAUCCAUGAAUUUAUUCGCAAGUGGUUAAGUGAGCAUAAAGAGUUUAUCUCGAAUCCGUUUUAUGUGAGUGGAGAUUCGUAUUCUGGUAAGAUCAUUCCAGCCACCGUUCAAGAAAUCUCCAAAGGAAAUAAUCUUGGGUUUAAGCCUCAAAUAAAUCUUGAGGGUUAUGUACUAGGAAACCCUGUAACAGAUACUGAAUUUGACCAUAACCAACGCAUUCCAUUCGCACAUGGGAUGGCACUAAUCUCUGAUGAACUCUACGAGUCGUUGAAGAGAAGUUGCAAAGGAAAUUAUGACAAUAUAGAUCCACACAACACAGAAUGCUUGAAACAUUUCGACGAGUUCUUAAAGUGUAUAUCUAGAAUAAACUUUGCUAAUAUUCUAAUACCACGGUGCGAUCCCGCCUCGUCUCCAAGAAGAUACAUUCCCCUUCCAAACACUUCGGCUCCGUCUACUGAUGAUGAUCAUUGCUAUGAAUAUACAGAUUUACUAUCUUCCCUCUGGGCCAAUGACGAGAGCGUGCGGGAAGCACUUCACGUGGUAAAGGGAAGUAUAGACAGAUGGGUGCGGUGUUCUUCGGGUAAGCCAUACGAUUUCGACAUCAAAAGCAGCGUACCAUACCAUAUUAAUAAUAGCAUCAAAGGAUACCGAUCUCUCAUCUUCAGUGGUGAUCAUGACUUAUUGGCGCCUUUUGUUUCAACGCAAGCAUGGAUAAGAUCUCUUAACUAUUCCAUUGUUGAUAUGUGGAGGCCAUGGAUGAUACACAAUCAAGUUGCUGGAUACACUCAGACUUAUGCCAAUAAGAUGACUUAUGCUACUAUCAAAGCAAGUGGGCAUACACCAGAAUAUAAACCAAAGGGAAGCUUUAUCAUGUUUCAGAGGUGGAUUAGUGGUCAACCUCUAUAAUUUGCCGUAAACAGCUUGGAUCGAUCUAAAAUCAAAAGCAUAAAUAAGUGGCAUAAGUAGAACUAUAAAACUGAAUCUAAAAAUGGACCAAUUUCAAUUAGUUUUUUACUUUAAAAAAGAAGAUUAUUUUGCGCAACAAAGCACUUCUUAAUUUUAUAAACUAGGCCUAGAUGUUACACAGCAUCUACCAUUAACCAAUAUAGGCACAUCAGAGCAGUUCCAAUGUUUGGAAAAUUCAAAACAAUAUAAUCUAUGAAUUGUUACAUUGUUUAUGUGAUAACGGGAAGAUAGAGAAAGCAUUGGUGGUAUUGGAAAACUUAGCUACCACGUUUGGAAGAGCUGAGUCUUCUCAAUUCAUUAAUUUGUAUCAUUCACUUUCAAGUUUGAAAAACAAUGAAUGAUGAAAGUAAGUAAGUAAUACAAGACCUGGAUCAUCACAACUGUGUAAACGUAUGACCCGCCGAAACCAGAGACCAUAAUCGCUUCUC